AGGCAGCGCAGGGCCGAAGCCGAAGCCGGAGCCGGAUUGUGGGAGGCGGGCGCCAUGCGGGGCCGGGGGCUGCGGGGCCCGCCGGGGAAGAGGAGCCAGACCCGCGCCCCCCCCUCCUCCUCUUCCUCUUCCUCGGUGUCGUGGGGCGGCGGGGGCUCCGCGCGGCUGCCUUGAGCGCCCCCAAGCCUCCCUCCCCCCGCCCCAUGGCAUCCUCCUCCGGGUGAGAAGAGGCGACCGAGGCUGCCGAGGAGGCCGAGGCUCUCUCCUCCCUUCCUCGCUUCCUGCCUUCCAUUCUCGGCGUCCUUCUCUCCGUGUCUCCCUCCGGAGAGCAUGGCGGGGGCGUCGGGCUCGGCGGGGCUGAGCUACUCCCCGCCCUGGUGGGUCUCCCUCCUCCACCGCCUGCCCCACUUCGACCUCCGGUGGGAGGCUGCUGGGGAUGAAUUCCGCCCCGAAGACGCCGAGUACCAGCAGGCCCUGUUGUUACUGGGCGGCGUUGCUCUCUCCUGCCUUGCUCUGGAUCUCCUCUUCCUCCUUUUCUAUUCCUUCUGGUUGUGUUGUCGCCACCGGAAAAGUGAGGAGCUGAAUGCGGAUUGCUGUUGCACGGCCUGGUGCGUCAUCAUCGCAACACUCGUCUGCAGCGCUGGCAUAGCUGUUGGCUUCUAUGGGAACGGGGAGACCAGUGAUGGCAUUCAUCGGCUAACAUACUCCUUACGACAUGCCAAUCGCACCAUCACCGGGGUCCAGGACAGGGUGCGUGACACUGCCGUUGCUCUGAACAAAACAGCGGAGCCUUACUUGGGAGACCUGGAGGUCAUGUUCGCCAAGCAGACCGAUUAUCUCCACAUGGUCCAAAAACUCCAGGGACUCCUGGACGAGCUGGUGAGGCAGACCACCGAAAUUCCUUUCUGGAAGAACGACGAGGUCUCAUUAGACGAGCUGGCCGAUCGUGUCAAUCAGUACGACUGGUACAGAUGGCUCGGCUACCUGGGCCUUCUCCUGUUCCAUGUCUUGAUCUGUUUGCUGGUGCUGUUUGGAUUGAUUAGAAACUCAAAAGGCAUUCUUAUAGGAGUGUGUCUUCUAGGAGUUCUUGCCCUGGUUGUGAGCUGGGCUUCUCUGGGUCUGGAGCUGGCUGUUGCGGUGGGUUCUAGUGACUUUUGUGUUAACCCUGAUGCCUACAUCUCCAAAGUAGUGGAGGACAACGCGGUGCUCACGACUGAUACCCUGAACUAUUAUCUUGUGUGCAGUGCUGGCUCCCCAAAUCCCUUUCAGCAGAAGCUAUCAGGAAGCCACAAAGCCCUGGUUGAAAUGCAGGAUGACGUGCUGGAGCUCAUGAAGUCCGCGGUCAAGGAAUACCCCACUUCGAAGGAGUACCUGAAUCGAGUCCAGGAAGUCCUGAACUCCACAGAAAUCAACCUGCAACACCUGACUGCCUUGGUGGACUGCCGGAGUCUCCAUUUGGAUUACAUCCAGGCUCUGACGGGCUUCUGCUACGACGGGGUGGAAGGGCUCAUCUACUUGGUCCUCUUCUCCUUUGUCACAGCCCUCAUGUUCAGCUCCAUCGUGUGCAGUGUCCCGCAUACCUGGCAGCAGAAAAGGAGCUCAGACGAAGAUGCAGAGGACGAGUCUACGGCUCAAGGGAACCGCCAAACGCAUGACAACUUGUACAGGGUCCACAUGCCCAGCCUCUACAGCUGUGGGAGCAGCUAUGGCAGCGAGACCAGCAUCCCAGCGGCAGCGCACACAGUCAGCAAUGCUCCUGUCACAGAGUACAUGACCCAGAAUGCAAACUUCCAGAAUCCCCGCUGUGAGAAUACUCCUUUGAUUGGCCGGGAAUCUCCACCCCCUUCUUUGUAUUUGGCUGCCAUGGACAGUAGCAGCCAUAUGAGCUGGCAGUUUAAGCCCUCGGACAGUGCUCGGACGUACUGGUAGCAGCGCCCGCAAAACCGAACAGUACACCUCCAGCAUGAGAGCCAAAUACCUCGCCACCAACCAGCCUCGGCCGGACACUGGCAGUGUGCAUUAAAAACUUUGAACCUGUUUUAAGCGAAGCAAAACAAAACGAAAAAAAAGGAAGAAAACGUGCCAACUGCUGCCGCCCUGCUUUCCCUGCCUCCUUUGUCCUGCGUCCGACUUGACCGCUUUUCCUGCUUCUCCUGCCUUGGCCUGGGACGUGUCUCUUUGGUGGGACCAUCUUUGAUGGAAGAGCAUUCCAGAUCCAGUCAAUGCUUACUUGCACCUGUUUUUGUGUAUGGAGAGAGAGAUGGAGAGAAACGAAUGCACCAUGCAUGCACACACGCAGGAGAUCCACCCAUCCGUCUGCUUCGCCCUGUGCCGUUUUGCAGUCGAUUCUUGAGGACAACUUAUCAGGACAUUGCUGUUUCUCAUCUACUCUAUGAAUAUCAUUUGGAAUUGUUUGUGGGUGCAACAUCAUGGCCCUAGGAAGCCUCCCUCAAUGCGCACACUGUCAUAAAGUUCCAAUGUGCCCAACCUUUUCAGCCGUUGAACUUAAGAAGUCUCAUUUCUCAGCAUCAAGUGAAAUCUAGGAAGCCAUUUGAUCCUUCCAGAAGGUCUGCUGAUCCCACCUGUGUCUUGGAAGCCCUUGAUACAACUUUUAUGUCUCUCUUUUUGUACCUGGGACGAAUGAAGAGACUUCCUAAACCAGGCACUUGAUACACUUGUACGUGUGCAAACCAACUACGCACCCAACCACUGCUUGCACUAUUGGCCCCUUUGGACUAUACUUUCUAAGCUAUCCGCAGUAUCCUGGAAACUGGAUUCGGUAAUUUCUUCUGGUGCCAAAACAUUUUAGGUGGGCAAAGGGAAAGAAAAGAGAAAGGCUUUUAGGGUAUAGUAGAGGAAGCAUCCAGCCUCGGCUGAUAUCUAUCUGCCUUUGCUUGAAUUAAACCCACAUCAAGGCCAAACAAGAUUGCCAUCAGAAAUGGCUCCGUAGACUUCCCGACGUUGCUUCUUCCAUUUUUAUGCCUAGUACAAUGUUGGCAGUUCCAUAGGGAGUCUUUAAGGUUUCUGUUGAUCCUGUCUCCCAGGGCCAGAAAGCAAAACAAAGAUAUCAUAAUGUGAUGUCAACACAAUGUGAUGCUCAUCAGCCCAUCAGGACAAAUUCCUGACCUUCGUUGCACAAGCCACAGGCAACCCAAUCCCAGUUGCCUCUCAAUGAGCUGUGUACCGACAGCAAAGACCAAUGGCAACUUGGCGGAGAUGCGGAUUAAUACUCAACUGCCUUGAAGGUGCUUUAUUUGGUAGGGCUCAUGGGGUGGGGAGGGAAAAGACCACAACACCACACAAGGGCCAUUGUUUUGGGUUCCCUGUGCAACCCGAUCCUAGGAAAACGCAGACUAAAAGCUUUCCAACGUCAGCUAAGGUAGCGCAUCUCCUAUCUGGUGUCCAAUAUCUACUUUUAUUGGCAGAUCUUGUUUCACAGUUUCACCUCGGUGCAGCCAGCAUUUUCUUCUUUGCUCCAGACAGUAUUGCAGAACUUCUCCAAACUCACAAACCAUAUCUUCCUUUAGCUGAGGUUCUUUUCCGACACACGUUUUGCACAUUCAAGGGGACCAGAAAGCAAAACAAAGAUAUCAUAGUGAUGUCAACAUAAUGUGAUGCUCAUCAGCCCAUCAGGACAAAUUCUUGACCUUUGUUGCACAAGCCACAUGCAACCCAAUCCCAGUUGCCUCUUAAUGAGCUGUGUACGGACAGCAAAGACCCAUGGCAACUUGGCGGAGAUGCGGAUUAAUGCGCAACUGCCUUGAAGGUGCCUCCAAUAAAUUUGGUUCCUCCGGUUAGGUGGCUUUGCAAGCGGAGAGAAUCGUAGAUGUGUCAACAGCCAUGAGAUUCUUGUAUUUGGUCUUGGAAAGGUAGAACAAAGGUUGCAACACUCGUCUGGACAGCACAGCAGUCUCUUUAAAUGUAGCCUUACAUCGAGAUUGAGCACAAUCUGCUACUAUUAAGAGGAAGGACGGAAAGGGUGAAAUUGGAUAUGGUGAAAAGUUGUUGAGAACUAACUCCUUUCCAUCCAGCUCCCCAAAUGGCCCAGCGUGCUUUUUUAGGGCUGUGUCACACAUUUCUGAGCAACCAAACCAGAGAUUUCCUUUAGUUCACAAUCUCCAGGCGCCGUAGUUAGUCCUGAGUAUGAACAAGGUAUGCUGACCUUUGAAAACUUCUGUUUCACAGUUUGAGAUAUGUGCUUAAAAAGUUAGCUAGACACUUGAGCCACUUGAAACAUGUCGAAAGACCAGCAAACUAUCCUGGGGAAUCAGACCUGAAGAUCUUGGAAGGAUCAGUGUUUGUUUUUAAAGGCAAGGGAGCAAAGUUUUUCCUCUUACUAGUGCAACGGAGAGUAGUAUAUGUGCCCGUCAGCGCUGAUUUUAAGGGACAGGGCAAUAUCUUUACGUUACUAUCGAAAUCUUCCUUCUAAGAAGCCGUUACCACUUAACACUGUGAAGAGGAAACUCCAACUGAGUACCUGGUGAUGGAUCAAGAACUGGAAGAGCUAUUUAGUGUUUUUAAAUGGACUCCAAGGAAAAAUCAAGCUCUUUGGAUUGUGUCCGGGGACUUUAGGUUUGAAGCGAUAAAGCCACAGCCCACAUUGCAAACAAUGCAGGACCUCUGUGUAUUUUGAUCAAUGCAAGGUUGAUUUUUAAUGAAAAAUUUCUUGAUACAGAUUCUUGAGUGACACCAACAGCACAUGGGCAUAUCUGCAUUGGAAACAACAAAACGCGUGGUCCGUCGUCAUGGUUUGAGGUGAAGCAAACAGUUACGGCAACUUGGAGCGCCUCUUGGCCGAGUCCAAAGUACCUCUGGUUGCAUCUUGUUUGCGGAAGGGGAGUUGCGCACAUAUUUUGAACCCAAGACCAGCUUGAAGUUGUUGACUGGCAAGGCUUUGUCUUUCCGCCAGCUCUGGUUCCUAUCAGGGCUCUUAAGGAUCGUUGAUAUCGCCAACGAAACCGGCAAAAGACUCCAUUUUUUUUUCUCCUUCCUGAUUCGUAUGAGUUUUCGAUGUGACGAGAAUCCUAAUGCCGUAUCGCUUGGAAUGUGUCCCGACUGACUUCCUCGGCUACUCUCAGAUCAUUUCAAAACCUUCGCCGUGAUUUCAACAUGCUAUGAAGUUCCUUUCAAAAACAAAACCUGGAGAAACAAGCGACUAAUGUUGAGUAUCGCCUGUCCUGAAUCCGGAUGAGACGGCGAUACAUUGGAACGGGAAACCGGAGUGUUAAAUACUCUUUCCUUUUUCCCCCUUCCGCCCCUGGUUUGAGCACCUACGUGGCCAUUUUGCUUGUCUGGUUGAUUUAGUUGAUUUUUUUCUCCCCCCCGUAACAUCGUCACAGCACUUUUUUUCCAAAAUCGAAGAGAAAAACAAAAAAAUGUGAACCGAGAAACCUUGUCAAGCACACAAAAACAUCUCUCCACAAUGUGAAAUGUAUAUAGCAUGUUGGAUUCUUGGGAGUCCAGUGUUCAAGACUACAUUGUAAUUGUUUCAAGAAGAAGAAGAAAAAGAAAAAAAAACUCGAAUCAAGACUUGGCUGUGAAUUUAUUUUUUAUGUGUGUGCUGUCUUUGGAAAAUCAGUGUAGUGUUUGUAUCCUGUGUGUAAUAUUAGCUGGCUCCACGUUGAGUUCGAUUCUGCUUCUUCUUGGUUUCUUUUUUUAAAGGGUUCAGGGUAAGAACUUGUCAUUCAUUCAUGUAUCAAAAUGCGAGGAACUAGACCAGGCAUGGGCAAACUUGGGACCUCUCUCCAGGUGUUUUGGACUACAACUCCCACCAUUCCUAACAACCUCAGGCCCUUUCCUUUUGCCCGUCAGCUGCUUAAGCCAGGUGCCAAAGGAAUGACUUUAUGGGUUCUUGGUAGGGCCUUAGCUUAAAUUAAUAUAAUUAAAGGAAAGGGCCUGAGGCUGUUAGGAAUGGUGGGAGUUGAAGUCCAAAACUCCUAGAAAGCCUAAAUUUACUCAUACCUGAACUAGACUUUUCUCCACUAUCUCCUCACCCAUCCCUUAAAGGAAAAAAAUAUUUAGUGCCUCCGGUAUGGCCAGUUUAGUGACGACGGAAGAAGUCCAGUUGGAUAGUUCUGACCUUUAUAGUCAGGUGUUUUUGUACAGGAUGGUAUGAAUUUGCAACAUGUUGUGCCACUGGAAAUGUUUGCUUAGCAUUAGGAAGUUUCAUCACAUCUAGAUACUUUAGAUUGAGAGCCGUCUAGUAAAACGGGGCAAUGCCCGAGGGAUUUGAUAAGCCUGUGAAGGAGAUGUUUGUAGACCAUGAUUACUCAGCUUGGACUCCUGAGUAAUGUGUUUGGUUUCCCCUUGUCGCUGAACUUUUGGAAAACACACAGUCCUUCCUACUUCUUGCUCCUCUGUUUACAAAUGUCCGAGGCAAAUGUGCCGAACAAAUCCUGCAUUUUGGGAUUGGUUGACUUAAGGACCUCAUCACACUAGAGAUCCACUUUAAAUCCACUUUAAACCACUUUAGGGCUUUAAACAGCUCAGCCAGACAGGUCCUAGGCCUCAGCAAACUACAAUCCCCAGAAUUCUGUAGGAGGCAGAAAUUGGAUUUAAAGUGGAUUUAGAGAGGAUUUAGAGAGGAUUCAGCAGUGGUAAACUAUGUAGAAGUUGGUGCCUAAUAUCAGACAGAACAGGAGUGAAGAAACACAGAAAAGUGGUAGAAAAGUUGUGUUGUCGAAGGCUUUCAUGGCCAGGAUCACAGGGUUGUUGUAUGUUUUCCGGGCUGUAUGGCCAUGUUCCAGAAGCAUUCUCUCCUGACAUUUCGCCCACAUCUAUGGCAGGCAUCCUCAGAGCUUGUGAGGCAUGGAGAAACUAAGCAAGGAAGGUUUAUAUAUAUCUGUGGAAAGUCCAGGGUGAGAGAAGAACUCUGUCAGUUGGAAGCCAGUGUGAAUGUUGUAGUUAAUCACCUCAAUUAGCAUUGAAUAGCUUCAUCACCUGGCUUCUUCCUGCCUGUGGUCACCACCACCAGGAUCAUUGGCGAUGAUGUUUUCUGCUGGGAUCCUGGUGGUGGUGACCUCAGGCAAGAAGAAUUCAGGAGAUGAAGCUAUUGAAUGCUAAUCAAGGUGAUUAAUUAUAACAGGGGUCCCCAAACUUUUUAAACAGGGGGCCAGUUCAUGAUCCCUCUGACCGUUAGAGGGCCGGGCUAUAGUUGACCACCGAGCAAUAAUAAUAAUGAUAAUGAUGAUGAUGAUGAUGAUGAUGAUGAUGAUGAUAAUGGGUUGGAAGACACCCCUUGGGCCAUUUAGUCCCACCCCCUUCUGACUUUGUGCACCAAAAGCACAUGACAGAUGGCUUCCAAGCCUCACUGUUAAUAAUAAUAAUAAUAAUAAUAAUAAUAAUAAUAAUGAUGAUGAUGAUGAUGAUGAUGAUGGUUGGAAGACACCCCUUGGGCCAUUUAGUCCCAUCCCUUUCUGACUUUGUGCACCAAAAGCACAAGCAAAGCACUCCUGACAGAUGGCUUCCAAGCCUCGAUGUUAAUAAUAAUAAUAAUAUUCGACUUGUAAUAAUAAGUGUUCGACUUGUGAUUCUGUGAUACAAAAUCCAGCAUGUCUAUCUUGUUCGCUGUGUCAUACUAUGUCGUUGUGUCAAUAAUAAUAAUAAUAAUAAUAAUAAUAAUAAUAAUAAUAAUAAGAAGAAGAAGAAGAAGAAGAAGAAGGAGGGUUGGAAGAGACCCCUUGGGCCAUUUAGUCCGUCCAACCCCCUUCUGCCUUUAUGCCGUGGGGGCCGGAUAAAUGGCUUCGAUGGGCCGCGUGUGGCCCGCGGGCCGUAGAUUGGGGAUCCUUGAAUUACAACAUUCACAUUGGCCUCCAACUGACAAAGAGUUCUUCUCUCACCCUGGACUUUCCACAGAUAUAUAUAAACCUUCCUUGCUUAGUCUCGCCAUAUACCUCACAUUUGAGGAUGCCUGCCAUAGAUGUGGGCGAAACGUCAGGAGAGAAUACUUCUGGAACAUGGCCAGACAGAACGGAAAACAUACAACAACCCGGUAGAAAAGUUCUCUUAAUACCUUUGGGAUAUUUCCUUACUAUCAAGAGACAUUAUGUCUGCAUCCGGUCGCAGCUUGCAGAUAUUGUGGCACAGUUUUCCGUAACGUGAAGUGUUUAUUGCUAGCAAGGUGUCAGUGUAGGCAAGCUUUCAUGAUAUAUUUCCUGCACUUGCACAAAAAGAUGUAUUUUAAAGCCAUUUUGGUCUAAAUUUGAUGGACGCUAUGUAUUGUCUUCUUUCUUUGCCUCUCUUUCCGGUGAACGAGCCCUUCCUCUUCUGGUGCUAAACCCCCUCCUUAAAGCGACGAGUGAGAUUUCGUGACUCUCCAAGAGCCAAGCAUUUGCCCCAUACGUUUUUAGGAUUUUUAGCCUGUAGUUUGGACUUGUUCACGGAUCUGAUUGUUAUCCUGAUUCCAAAUACUGUUUCUGUCUUUACUGUUGGGUCACUUGGUCCUCAGGUAACCUCUACUGCCAACUCUUUAGCGAAACCUAUUUCCCAUUUCUAUUAUCCUUGUCUCAUCCGUUUCCCCUUGUAAGUAAACAGUGUGUUUGUUGGUCAGGAUUUUAAAAAGAAGCCUCUUUUGUAUGUGUUUUGAGGACUAGUCCCUUGUGCCUCGUAGGACAUGUGGAAUUGCUCUUCAAGAGGAACUUGUAGAAUAAUUCUUUGGAUCCGAGCCUGUGUGUGUCUAGUUGGCAUGAUUGACUGAUAGCUCAGCGUGGCUAAGAAUAUCUGCAUCUACAUACAGUAGAGUCUCACUUAUCCAACAUAAACGGGCCGGCAAAACGUUGGAUAAGUGAGUAUGUUGGAGAAUAAGGGGAAGUCUAUUAAAUAUCAAAUUAAUCUAAUUCAGACAGUACUUUAAACUCUGACACUACAUCUGCCCUGUUGGCUUGUUGCAAAUUGCCUUUUUUACGUUUAAUGUUUUAACUGUUUACUAAUAUUAGAUCUGUUAGUAAACAUGUCCUAAAUGUUUGAUUUAUAUAUUUAAAUUUCUAUUUUUGUUAUUUUUGAGUUGUUCGAUAAGUUCACUUGGUGUUGCUCAUUUAUUGUUUAUGAUUUGAUCCGUCUGUUAUGUUUUCUAAUGUAUGGUUGGCAUUUUGCCAUUACGCUUUGAAGUCCCCCCAGGGGUGAGAAAAGCGGUAUAUAAAUGCAGUAAAUAAAUAAUAAAAUAAAUAUCAAAUUAGGUUGUGAUUUUACAAAUGAAGCACCAAAGCAUCAUGUUAGACAACAAAUCUGGCAGAAAAAGUAGUUCAAUAUGCAGUAAUGCUACGUAGUAAUUACUGUAUUUACGAAUUUCGCACCAAAAUAUCACGAUAUAUUGGAAACAUUGACUACAAAAAUGCAUUGGAUAAUCGAGAACGAGUGUUGGAUAAGUGAGACUCUACUGUAGUUAUAGCAGUUUGGUACAGCUUUUAAACGCCAUAAGUACACGUUGCAAAAUGUUGGGAGCAUUUUGUCAAAGUAAUGAGCAUCUUUUUCUCAAACAAAGCACCAAACUUACAAAACCCAGGAUUCCAUUAAGGAUCGAACUCCUUAGUGUAGAUAGGCUCCGAAGUGUAGUCCUUUUAAUGUUGUUGUUGUUGUUGUUGUUGUUGGGUGCCUUCAUUGUGAUCCUAUUAUGAUGUUUCCUUGGCAAGGUUUGUUUGGAGGAGAUUGGCCUUUUCGACGGAAAGAGUUUGCAAAAAGGGCCAGAGAAUUGUGCCCUGAUUUCUUGAAGUCUUAGCAAGACGUUUCUGAUAUUUCCCGAACUGGCCGACUAUAUUUUUUGGACUUCAGUUCCCAGUAUUCCUGAUUGUUGGCCAAACUGACAAAGGACUGGAAGUCGAAGUUCCAAAGACCUAAAGGACCAAAAAUUUGGAGCUAAAGUCGGUCACUCGGUGUAGAAAAGAAUUCUCAUAAUGUUAUAAAUGUGGAUGGUUAGGAUUAGGAAAUUUGACGGAGAUGUUAGAAUCGGAGCUGGAAUCUCCUUGAGUAUGAUUAUGAUUUUAAUUCUCGACUUGCAUCUAUUUGGUGCAGGGAUUGUGGGAAAUUAUUUGGACCAUACAAACAAGAUUAAGACUAGUUUCCGUAUGUCUGCAACUACAAGUCUUGCUCCUUGGAUCUCGACCUAAAGAGGAGUCAAUCGACUCUCUUGUCAGAAUCCUUUCCGGUGCUUAGUGUAUCCAACAACACUUUCCUCUUCUCUAUGCAAUGUUGGUUUCGCUGUUUUGUGUCCCUUUUCCCCGAAACACUUCUGGGCUCUGCCUUUAAAGAGCCGUUGUUAUUAUAUCACCGGCAAUAAUAUUUUGCCAGUUUUAUCUCCCAUCGCCUCCGAAUUGGAUCUUUUGGUGCUACAGUUUGCCAUCUUCAUAACUGGAUCUUCGUCAUUGGGAAAUGUCUAGGUAAAGGCCGAAUCCGCAGGUGAUGCCACUUCAUCUCGGAAGGGUUAAACCCUUGUGCCGACUGGACUGCUGACCUGAAGGUUGGGUUGCUGACCUGAAGGUUGCCAGUUUGAAUCUGUGAGACAGGGUGAGCUCUCUUCUGUCAGCUCUAGCUUGCGGGGACAUGAGAGAAACCUCCCAGCAGGAUGAUAACCACAUCUGGGCAACGUCUCUGUAGACGGCCAAUUCUCUCACACCAGAAGCCACUUGCAGUAUGUUCUCAAGUCAGGUGAGCUCCCGUGUGUCAGCUCUAGCUUGCGGGGACCUGAGAGAAACCUCCCAGCAGGAUGAUAACCACAUCUGGGCAACGUCUCUGUAGACGGACAAUUCUCUCACACCAGAAGCCACUGGGAGUAUGUUCUCAUGUCGGGUGAGCUCCCGUGUGUCAGCUCUAGCUUGCGGGGACAUGAGAGAAACCUCCCAGUAACACAUCUGGGAGUCCCCUGGGCAACGUCUCUGUAGACGGCCAAUUCUCUCACACCAGAAGCUACUUGCAGUAUGUUCUCAAGUCAGGUGAGCUCCUGUAUGUCAGCUCUAGCUUGCGGGGACAUGAGAAAAACCUCCCAGCAGGAUGAUAACCACAUCCGGGCCUCCCCUGGGCAACGUCUCUGUAGACGGCCGACUGUCUCACACCAGAAGCGACUUGAAGUAUGUUCUCAAAUCACUUCUGACACGAUCAACAAAAUCUGAUGUUUUUGGCCACUUUUUUGGGACGUCGGAGCAGGUCAGUUGGCAACCCCAUUGAUUGCACUGAACCCAGAUCCUAGUAAGAACAAACCUGGUAAUUUCCUGUGGAUUUUCAGUCUUUAUUCUGUCCCUUUCCAACCCCAACAUGUACCAACCAUAACUCAACUGGCCUUCUUUUCCCUUUUGUCCAGUUUGGUUCUAUUUCAAACCUCAAGGGUUGUGUAUCAUACCACUUUAUAUGUAUAUGCAUACGCAUACAUAAUAUAUUUAUAUAAUUAUUUUUUAAAAUCCUUUGGACACAACAAUACGUUCCUGCCAAGGGUUUGGCACUGACCCCAGACGUUUUGAAAUCUGGUGGGGGGUUUAAACUGAGGAGUGAGCCCAUCUCUUGUUAUUUUAUAUCCUUUUAAAUUUCGUUUUCUUCGAUUGUACUGUAGCUAUUUUUUUUUAAUGGUUCGUGGAGGUUUUUAUUUUCUGUUCUGCGGAGACGAAAUGAAAACAUUCUCAAUGUAAUUUUUGUUGUUUCUAUUCAGCUUGGGUUGUAAUGUUUUGAAAAUAAACGACUUUGGAAAAGUA